CUUACGUUCCAUGGACUUCGAAAGAUGGAAAAGCUCGACAACUAUAUGAAGGAGGUUUUGCGAUUCUACUCACCUUUCGUCACAUCUUUCACUCGCCGCACACUCAAAAGCAUAACUCUCAGCAACAGCCAACACAUCCCCGCCGGCGUUAUGAUCGAAAUUCCCACGGAUGCUGUUUACCAAGACGACUUGUUCUACCCUUUGUCCAGUACCUUUGACGGCUUCCGCGCCUACAAGGCCCGCUCUACUAGUACUAAUAAGACUGGAGAUAUGGCCCGCAACCAAUUUGUUACCUCUAAUACAGAGAACCUGACUUUUGGCUAUGGCGGGUACGCCUGCCCCAGCCGCUUUUUUGCUGCAAACGAGAUUAAAAUGAUUCUAGCCCGUCUUAUCCUUGACUAUGACAUUAAGAUGCCUAAUAACGAGGCUGAGAGACAUCCGCAGAUAGAUAUCGCCAAGAUCUCAUUGCCAGAUCCAACAAAGACACUGGCAUUUAAGAGAGUAAUAGCUGGAUACAGACAAAGUAUAUAG